GGAGUUGGAGUUGAUAUCGUAGACAACGGAGUUGGAGUUGGAGUGGAGUUGUGAAAAACUAGAUAGAGUUGGAGUGGAGUUGGAGUUGGUGCUUUUUUCCAACUCCGAUUCAACUCCGAUGGAUCUCACGACGUAUAAGAGAACAACAAAAAAUAUCCAUCAGAGAUGAGCAAAUUCAACUCUGGAGUUGGAGUUAACUCUGGAGUUGACACUUUUUUAUCUGGAGUUGGAGCGGAGUUGGAGUUGACCCUUCAAAAAAUCGAUGGAGUUGGAGUGGAGUUGGAGUUGACAUCACAAACACUGGAGUUGGAGUUGGAGUGGAGUUGUGAGAAACGAGAUGGAGUUGGAGUGGAGUUGGAGUUGCUUACCCCCGGAGUUGCCCAUCUCUGAAUAGACAUGAUAAAGCAUAAAAUAUACGAAUGAUUCAUAUAGUACGAAGGAAAAAAAAAGUUAUUUCGUCGUUAAAAAGACGUUAAUUUCUGUUCGAGAGGAAGAUAUCAUGGAUUAAUAUGAUGAAAACAUUCGAACUAACCACGUGAGUGAAUAUACAUAAUAUUUUGUUCUUAAAUGUACGGUUUUUAACAAGAAAGGUAUAAAACGUAAUUAACGUGACUAAACGAAUGAAAAUAAAUCAUACAAAUGAAUGACAAGUCGAUUUUAUGAUUACCGUCAAUGAUUAUUUGAUGAGAAAAAGUAAAUGACGUCAAAUGCACAAAAAAAUAUAUCAUUUGAUAAAUAUUUUUGUACUUAUAAGUUUUAUAGAAAUGGAUAUAGUUUCAACAGAUAAUGAAUGGGUAUCUUUAGAAGAAAUUACUCCUCAACCAAUGGAAAUACAGCAAACAUUGCCUGUUGUUAAUAAUAACAUAGUAAAAAAUGAACAUGAAGUUGAAAAUCUUUUUCUCAAUAAAUGUUAUUCAAAAAUACGUUCACAUCUAAGUAUUUUUAUUUCUAUUUUAUUUGUAAGUUUAUCAAUACUUACUGGUAUUUUGGUUAUUUGUUUAACACCACGAUCACAGAUUGAAUCUUCAUGUUCAUUAAAAUUUACAUCAAUAAAUUCGUUUAAAAGUCAAUAUGAUUCAUUUCCGCAAUCUCUUGCGCUUGCAGAUUUUAAUAAUGAUUAUAAUAUUGAUAUAGUUAUUGCUAAUACUAACAAUGAUAAUAUUGAAAUAUUUAUUAAUAAUAAUAAUCAAACAUAUAUUAGUCAAAUAACUUAUUCAACUGAUAUUAAUUCUCAUCCAUAUUCAGUUACAGUUUCUGAUCUUAAUAAUGAUACAUUUAUUGAUAUUAUGGUUGCUAAUUAUGGUACACAUUCAUUUGGAAUUUUUUAUGGAUAUGGAAAUAAUACAUUUAAUAAUCAAAAAACAUUUUCAACGGAUUCUUCGCGUCCACGUCAAGUUAUUGUUGCUGAUAUUUAUAAUGAUUAUUAUCUUGAUAGAAAUCAUUCAAAUAUGAUCUAA